AAACACUUAAGUAUCAAUAACAUUGAAUAAGAAAAACAAAAUUUACUUUAAAAAAAAAUAAAAAUUGCACGGACCGGUCCAGCCCGCUAAGCCCGAACCCGGACGGACAAAAAAAACCCCGAAAAAGUACAGCCUGUUAACUCAGCCCGCAACGUUAAACGGACAGGCUGAUUUUUUUUGUGUCCAGCCCGUCCCAGCCCGCCCGUUAAACACCCAUACUUGAAACUUGUUAAAAUAGGUAUGUAUAUGUUAGAGAAGGUGAAGAAAUCCUUCGAGUAUGUGAUGAUUACUUGACAAGGGAAAAGUUAAACAAAUUGUUGGAUCCACUCUUCGAGAUUCUAAGGAUGGAAAUAUGAGUCUGGUCACUAACUUUGAAUCUGAUAAAUCAGCUGCAGAAUAUGCAAAGCUUUACAGAGAUGAUGGACUUUUAGGUGGCCAUGUUAUUAUGCUUGGAGUAGAUCCUUUGAGCAUAUCAGCUGCAAUUGAAGCAUUGCAUGCUUACCCUGGUGGGUUGCAAGUUGGAGGUGGAAUCAAAUCGGAAAAUUCAUUAAGUUACAUUGAAGAAGGAGCCAGCCAUGUCAUUGUCACAUCAUAUGUUUUUAACAAUGGGCAAAUGGACCUUGAGAGACUGAAGGAACUCUCUCGCGUUGUUGGAAAACAAAGGCUUGUUUUGGAUCUUAGUUGCCGGAAAAGGGAGGGUGAAUAUGUAAUUGUUACAGACAGAUGGCAGAAGUUCAGUGAUGUACAUCUCGAUCAGAAGCUUCUGGAUUUUCUUGCGCAGUAUGCUGAUGAGUUUCUGGUUCAUGGAGUUGAUGUUGAAGGCAAAAAGCUGGGAAUAGAUGAGGAACUUGUGGCAUUGCUUGGCAAGUACUCCCCUACUCCUGUAACAUAUGCUGGAGGUGUUACUAUAAUGGAUGAUCUGGAAAAUAUCAAAGUUGCAGGCAUGGGGCGUGUGGAUGUCACCGUAGGCAGUGCUUUGAAUAUAUUCGGAGGUAACUUAUCAUACAAAGAUGUUGUGGCUUGGCAUUCACAGCAGGAUCAUUUGGCAAAGGCAUCCUAACUUCUCAUUGCACUUUCAGACUUCAAUUUAGUGCUGAUGAUAGACCAUAUGUAAUUUUCAGAUUAUGAGAUUGUAGGGGGAUGCUAUAUGAACUAUGAUCUUGAAUUCUUUUUGCCCAAGAAUGUCUAUUGUCAUAAAGGUCAAAAUUUGCUCAUGUACUAUACGAAAUUGCUCAAUCUUGCCCACUA